AGCUCAAUGUCAAUGUAUACUACGAACGAGUCGGUCGUGUCCGGCAGAUAUAUGCCAUGAUUAAAAACUUAUAGAUAACCCUCGCAUGACCGGUCAAACUUAUCAGUUCUACGCUGUGUUAGUUCAACACAAAGAUGGAUAAAUUGUGGGUUGCAUUAUGUGGAACUUGUUUGUUGGUGUCCAUUUCAGCACUCAAGGAUUGCAAUGGUGACGCAGUCUGUUUGCCUUUAAAAGACUGCAAGUUCGCUUAUGAAAAUAUAAAAGUUCAAAAUAUACAGGACAUUUUAAGAAGAUCAAAUUGCGGCUUUGAGAGUGAUGUACCGCACGUUUGUUGUCCGCCUAUAUUUCUAAACCUCGGCAGAGAAUACUUACUGCCAAACAUUUCGGUAUGCGGUAUUCAAACUGACGAAAGGAUCUAUGGAGGUGAUAAGACCGACAUUGAUGAACAUCCGUGGAUGGCGUUACUGCGCUAUGACAAACCAAAGGGGAGUUACGGUUAUUAUUGCGGCGGAGUUUUAAUAUCAUCGCGCUACAUUCUGACUGCUGCACAUUGUAUCAAAGGAGCUGAUAUACCACAAAAUUGGAAACUGAGUCAAGUACGUCUUGGUGAAUGGAAUUUAACGAGCGAUAUGGAUUGUCGAAGUAAUGACUGCAGCCUCCCGGUCGUGGAUGUGCCGAUCGAGAAACUCAUCCCUCACGAAGAUUAUAAGCCAAGAGAUGGGAAUCAACAGAAUGAUAUAGCUCUUAUCAGGUUGGAGAAGGAGGUGAAAUUUAAUGAUUUUGUGAAACCUAUCUGUUUACCGACCACAGAAGAACUCCGUGGUAAUUCCUAUGAAGGUUGGGAUAUGGAAGUAGCAGGUUGGGGGAAAACAGAACAUAGAUCUAUGUCUGACGUAAAAUUGAAAGUGAAACUACCAAUAGUGAGACACCAAGAGUGUACAGAGGUUUAUGCGUCGGCGUCACGCCUAAUCACGGAUAAACAGCUUUGCGCUGGAGGUUUGGAUGGUCAGGAUUCCUGCCGUGGAGACUCUGGUGGGUCUCUUAUGGGACAGGCGACGAAAAAGAAAAUCUGGUUCGCCUUUGGGGUCGUCUCUUAUGGCCCGUCACCGUGCGGAACACCAGGUUGGCCUGGAGUCUACACUAGAGUAACAGCAUUUAGCGAUUGGAUUCUAUCAAAGCUGGAAGCGUACAAAUUAACAGAAUGCAAAAAUGCAGCGUGCGUUAAGUUGGAAGAAUGUAAACUAGCCCUUGGAUUAUUGCAAAAUAGAUUCAGUGAUGUAGCUGUCAAUUUAUUGAGAAGCCUUCACUGUGGUUAUGAUAACAAUAAACCAAUGGUUUGCUGUCCUUUAUUGAAAGAAAAUAAUGAAACUAAAUCUCAAACGGAAUUGAAACAUGAAGAACUUGUGAAUAAGAUAACUUUGCUUCCAAAUGAGACUGUCUGUGGUAUUCAAUACGAAGAUAGAAUAUUUAAUGGAAUACAUUGCGAUAUAGAUGAGCAUUCGUGGAUGGUAAUGUUGCAAUAUACAAAACGUGUAGACAACGAAAUUUUGAAGAAAUACUAUUGCGGAGGAGUACUUAUAUCAGGAAAUUAUGUCCUCACAGCGGCACAUUGUGUUAAGGGAAACAUUACAGCCUUGUCUUACAAAUUGACAAACGUUCGUCUAGGAGAAUGGAACAUGUCAAGUGAGAUCGAUUGUAACUAUGGCGACUGCGCACCAUCAGUUGUAGAUGUAGCUGUAGAAGAAAUAAUACCACAUGAAGCCUAUAAUGCAUCAGAUUCUAAUAACUAUAAUGAUAUCGCCCUAUUAAGACUGAAGGAGAGCGUUGCAUUUAGUGAUUUUGUCAAACCAAUAUGCCUGCCAUUCACAGACGAUUUAAUGAAUAGCUCAUAUGAGGACUGCUUACUUGAGGUGGCCGGUUGGGGUUCGAUAAAUAAUAUAAGUCCGAAGUCUAACGUAAAGCUUAAAGCUAAAAUAGGAGUGUCCCGAAAUGAGGAUUGCAAACGCUUAUACCACCCACUUCACAUAACCAUAAGAGACACCCAGAUCUGCGCAGGAGCCGGGAAUACAAAUGGAAAUUGUUGCAGGGGUGACUCUGGAGGAGGUCUUUUUGGACAAAAUUAUGGAAUACGGAGACCAGGUCGAGGAUAUGGGAGUAAUUGGUUCCUCUUUGGCAUCGUGUCGUUCGGGCUAACACCGUGUGGUACUCAGGGAUAUCCAACAGUAUUCACGCGCAUAACUGCGUAUAGAGACUGGAUACUUACUAAUAUCAAACCUUAGUACUAUGGCUGACAAAUGAGUUUGGCAAUUCUAAAGUGCAUCUAGUCCACUUUAAAGAAAUGUGAAUAUCAAAAGAUUAUGGUCGGAAAACGCCAUCUACAGUACAAUCACUUUCCCAGUCUAGUCCGAUAGAAAAUCCAUUAAAAAAUUGUUUAUUUCCAAAAACCCUGUUGUUCAUACGUGUAAUUCCAAUAUGCUUGUCGUCCAUUCUGAAUUCACGCGUCGUUCAGUCGGCUGUUACGCUGAGUGUGUGAUACAUAUGUUUUAGGGAACACUAGGGAGAAAAAUGGGAUCAAUUUGAUGCCUUAAUUUACUAGAAAAACGUCAUUUACGGAUCAAAUGAAGGAGAAGUCUGUUCAGUGAAUAAUGAAACUGAUGAUGAUCCGAUAGAUGAUGUAGAGUUAAAAAUUUAGGCAAAACAAUAUUAUAAUUAUUAUUAUCAGGAAUGAAAAGUUUGCUAUUAUUCAUAUCAAUAUUUUUAUUUCCAUAUGUCCAUCUCAGUAAUUCCAGAUCUCUUUUUGUCCGUGAUAUAUUAUAACUAUUAUAAAAUAUUAACCUAUAGGGCUCUGAACUUUAGAUUGAAUCACGUGUUCUAACUAAAAAGGACUUAGAUUUGACAAGAACAGUUUUUGGUAUACCUAUUGCAGUCUGAGGUUAAGUGGACAAGAUGCAAUAUGGAAUUGAACGACUCAAAUGUUCGACAUGUUUUAGCCUACCAUAGAUUAGAGACUUUGACAACGUUUUCUUUGUAGUUUAUACUAUUAUUAAUAUGUUUUUAAGAUUUCAUUAACAUUAUAAUAUAAUAUAACUAAACGUUCAAGAAACGCCAAAAAGUCACUAAGGAAUUUAACUUAAUAUUUUAUAUACUAAGGAGUUACAAAAAUACAUUCAAAACAAAACAAUACAAUGGGACCCUUGAUGGGUUUUUUUUUUGAGAUUUAGAGGUAAACAGUUAACGAGGCGCGGAAUAAUAUAUGAGGUUGUCAGUUCUCCAUAUUUAUUAUUUGUGCGGCCUGUCCGAAGUUUUAAGCUGCAUAAUAUCGCUCUUCGAGUUCGACAUUGCUUCUCAGGGCUACGUCGAAAAAGUUUUUCUAUAUAUUGUUAUAUCAUAAAUGGCUAGAGAAACUGUGUUCUCACCACAUUAUCAUAACCGGAUUGACUUGAGAAUAAUAACGGAAGGAACUCGGUAAUUAAUAUUAUAAUUUCUCAGAUUUUGUAAAAAGAUUUUUAAAUUUAAAGUGACAAAACUUCAUAAAUCGAAUUAAUUUUCAUUCAUUUUAUCAAU